AUGGUGGAUGGCGUGACUACCGAAGUGACUGGUGGAAUCUGGUGGCUUGUGGCAGAACCAGCAGAAGCUUUGGGCGAAGCAUGGUGGCCAGAGGCGGGGCAUGAUGAUCGAUGGUGGCGCAUAGAGGAGCGUGGCACUUCGAGGAACGUGAUAGAUGGCUUUGGGCAGUGUGUUGACGUGGGGGAAGUUCCAGAAGCAACCAAGUUUCGCAUGACAGGUUUGGCUUGUGCUAUGAAGGUGAAAAUAUUGUUUAGAGAUAUAACUGCUACUGGGGAGGGAUCUUGGGCACCAUCCAUAGGGUUGGUUCCUAAUGAUAUUAAUGGUGGCAUAGAUGUUGCAACUGUAAUGCUUGAUGAAGAUGACAAUGUUAUAGAAGGUUUAGAUGUUUUUGAUGAUGAACAAAAUCUCAAUACACAUGGCAUUGAUGAUAUUCCUGCUGAUUUAGAUACGCGGGAUAAAAGAAAUAAGAAGUUUGGUCUUGUGAUUCAAUGCAAGAAAAGAAAUAGAGGAGUUCAAAUCGUUAGUCAACAUUUGAGUCGUAUUUGUGAUGUAAUAGAAAGCAAGAAUACAGUGACAUCUAAGAGCUACGAUAAACCUGGAUGUAAUAUUGAAGAGGUUAUGGAUGUUGUUCGGGGGAUUGCUGAAAGAGAAAAUGACAUUGACAUCCUUAAGUUUGCAACAGAGGUAUUUCUUAAGAGAUCACAUAGAGAAAUGUUUGUGACUAUUAAAGAGCCAUGGUUGCAGAUUGACUUUAUUAAGCGAAUGAGAAAUAGAGAAAUUAAUCGUCGUAGCAUGAAAUAA